AUGGAAAUAUCUGGGAUGAUGCAAGGGGCACGAUUGGCAUCUUUUCAAGAAUCUUUGUCUUUGGAUCCUCCAAGAUCCCUGGCAGAUUUGUUCGCCAAACAGGGUGGGAGUGCAGUCAUUAAUAAAAUUCCCGACGCCAUAAGGAGUGGGACAACAAUACAAAAUUCUUUCACCAAGAAAGCCGUAUACAAACCUCAACCGGUUGAGAAAUUGGAGGUUAUACGAUUAUGCGAGAGCAAACUAGAAAAGGAAGCGCACGUCGGCUCACAAUUACCUGAGAAGCUAAAACAUGAGAUAGUAGUAUGUUUGAAAGAAAAUAUGGACAUCUUUGCUUGGGCACCAGCUGACAUGCCUGGUAUCAAUCCAAAAGUAAUCUGUCAUCAUUUAAAUGUGGAUCCUCAUUUCAAGCCUAUGCAUCAGAAGAAGCAAAACAUCACUCCUGACAAAUUGGUAGCUCUAAAGGAGGAAGUCGAUAAGUUGUUGGAAGCUGGGUUCAUCCGAGAAGUAUUGUAUCCAGAUUGGUUAGCGAAUGUGGUAAUGGUCAAAAAGUCAAAUGACGAAUGUACAAUGGAGGCUUAUGUGGACGAUAUGAUUGUGAAAAUUUUAGAGCAAGAGUCACAUGUAAAGAAGUUAUCCCAGGCUGGGAAAAAGUUUGAGUGGACAGAGCAAUGUCAGAAGUCAUUUGAGGCAUUGAAAGAGUACCUGAAAGAAGUCCCCCUAUUGACACGACCAAAAAUUGGGGAAACAUUAUAUGUGUAUUUGGGCAUAAGUGAAAGAGCAAUAAGUGCAGUGUUGAUUAAGAAAGAGGGACAAUCGGACCGACCAAUAUACUAUGUCAGUAAAGUUUUACAAGGUCCAGAAACGCGUUAUCCUUUUGCAGAAAAGGUAGUCCUUGCCUUGGUGAAUGCUGCUCGAAAGUUAAGACCCUACUUUCAGGCUUAUUCCAUCAUUGUGUGGACGGAUCAACCACUGCGAAGUGUCUUACAAAAACCAGAGUGUUCUGGUUGA